UUUUCCCCGCAGUUUUUCUAGAGAGCGGAAGGAAAGAGCGGCGUGCCUUGACGUCACCGGCCUGAGCCUUCAGAAGAGACAAGAAGGACAGUGGGGGGGCUGCCCAAACCGAGAGGAUGGUGACGGACGUGCAACGGGCUAUCUUUGCCAAUAUGCUUGGAGUCUCGCUGUUUCUCCUGGUCGUCCUUUAUCACUACGUGGCCGUCAACAAUCCGAAGAAGCAGGAGUGAGCAAAUGACCGGAGCAUCCCCUCCUUACCCCCAUCCCCAAAGAAUGCAGAGCCAUCAGCACAUGAAGGCCCAGAUGCU